CCUCUACUACAAGCCAGACUCCACUCGCCUCAACGCAACAUGAGCCAGAACCUCGAGGGAUCGCGACGCGCGCCGAAGAUGUACCCGCCCAUCGAGCCGUACGAGACGGGGAAGCUGAAGGUCUCGGACCUGCAUACGCUCUACUAUGAAGUGAGCGGCAACCCCAAGGGCAACCCAGUCGUUUUCCUUCAUGGUGGUCCUGGAAAUGGUACAGAUGCGAAAGAUCGCGCCUACUUCAACCCCGAGAAGUACAAGAUCGUACUCUUCGACCAAAGAGGCUCGGGAAAGUCAACACCCACCGCGUCUCUGGAGGAGAACACCACCUGGGACCUGGUGAAGGACAUGGAGAAGCUCCGCGAACAGCUCAAGAUCGACAAGUGGAACGUCUUUGGAGGAUCGUGGGGAUCGACCUUGGCCCUGGCUUACUCGGAGAGCCACCCCGACCGCGUGAAGUCGCUCGUACUUCGCGGGAUAUUCACUUUGCGCAAAAGCGAGCUCCGCUUCUUCUACCAAGAAGGCACCUCCCAUCUCUUCCCAGACGCAUGGUGGGAAGAAUACAUCGCGCCCAUCCCUGAGCCCGAGCGGCAAGACAUGGUCACGGCGUAUCACGCGCAGCUCAACUCCGCCGACGAAGAGGUGAGCCUGCGCGCCGCGAAGGCAUGGUCCAAGUGGGAGAUGGCGACGUCAAAGCUGUAUGUCGACCCGGCGCAGCUUGCGCACGUCGAGGACGAUAAGUGGGCGACCGCGUUUGCGAAGAUCGAGAAUCACUACUUCGUCAAUGAUGGCUUCAUGCGGGACGGCCAGCUGCUGGAGAAGCAAGAGAUCGACAAGAUCCGCCACAUCCCGUGCAUCGUCGUGCAAGGGCGGUACGACGUGGUCUGCCCGGCAACCACGGCGUAUGAUCUCAAGAAGGUCUGGCCGGAGAUCACGCUGCACAUCGUCCCCGACGCGGGGCACUCCGCGCGAGAGCCGGGGACGUCGAAACUGCUCGUCGAGGCAGCGGACAAGUUCGCUGAUCUCUGAGCUGGAGCAGGGCUUAUCCAGGCUGAUACGAUGAAGGGGAGGCUGGAUAUACAAGCUUGGAUGUAAA